GGAGCUGUUGCGCCUGCGCAGGAGAGACACCGUCGGGGUUGGACGCGCGGAGGGAAGCAGCAAGUGUUGUUGCCCGCGGCCGGUGCCCUUCCUUCCGCAAAGGAAAGACCACAGUUUGCCACAUUGGACUGUCCAUUUAUUUGUUUUAAAAAAUCAUCUGUCAAGAUCUUUUCAUGGUGACCAACAAAAUACAGACUGUUCAGACAACUUUUUUCAGCUAUAAAAUUCAAUGAAAGGAGCACCGUAUUAUAUGCUUCCAUGAAGCUCAGUUGCUGCUUGUUGACUUUUUUCCUCAAUUCUAGUGUUUUUGCACUAGAAAAUGUGGCCCCCAACCUGACACUUUCAUCUAGCUCAAGGUCCCUGCCUCUCAACACAUCAUGGCUGCCCAUUCUACAAGCCUUGACAAGAUCAGUUGAACCUCAGGAUAUCAUAGUGAAAGAGGGUAACUGUGCUUUCCUUGAAUGUAAGCUGAACAUUAGCCAGCAUGAUGCCAUCCUUUGGUAUAAUUCAAAAUGGCAUCUGCUUGAACCCAAUGGAGAAGGUGGAAGAUGGUUGACCUCUGAAAGUGCCCUUAAUAUCACUAGAGUAACCUUUGGUGACCGGGGGCGAUACACAUGUGUUACCACUAAUGGAAAUGGCACUUCUUAUUACUCCAUCACCCUCAGAGUGGUCUCCACCUCUGGAGACAUGGGCAUUUACUACAUGAUUGUCUGCUUGGUUGCCUUCACUAUCAUCAUGAUCUUAAAUAUAACACGUCUGUGUAUGAUGAGCAGUCACCUCCGCAAGACAGAGAAGGCCAUCAAUGAGUUCUUCAGAACAGAAGGGGCUGAGAAAUUGCAGAAAGCCUUUGAAAUUGCCAAACGGAUUCCUAUCAUCACCUCUGCCAAAACGCUAGAGCUGGCCAAAGUCACUCAGUUCAAGACAAUGGAAUUUGCUCGUUACAUUGAAGAGCUUGCCAGAAGCAUCCCUCUUCCACCACUGAUCCUUAACUGUAGGGCCUUUAUGGAAGAAAUCUUUGAAGCAGUGCACAUUGAUGACCCUGACGAAGUGGGAGAGGGAGUCAAACAGACCCAGGCCCUUGGUGCCCAAGAAAGACUCUACUCCUUGAAUCCAGAAAUGAAGCGGAGCAAUUCACCCGCAGGGGAUUCGGAUGAUGGCUCUGUGAAUGACCAUGGGAAAGAAAUAGCCGUGGAGGUAUCUGUCCACCUUCAGUCAGAAGCCCAAAGCAUUGACACUGUUUCGAGAGACAGCAUCCCUUCCAUACCUUCAGAAGAUGAUGCAAGCACCGAGUCUAAAUAGAGCAACAGAAACAGAGGAAUAAAGGCUACAUCAAAUUUCCUGCAAGCUGAGAGGCAGGAAAAGAAGAAAUGCAGCCAUAAUCACAAAUGCACAGGCUUCUGUUUUUAACUUCUUAAGAGACUAAGGUGCCAAUACAGCAAGCAUUUUUGUCAUUGUGUAUGUCAUAUAAUCCAUUUUUGAAAAUGGCUUACAUGAAGGUCUUUUGAAGUUCAUUUCAGUAAAGAUUAAAAUAUUCCUAUUAUUAGAAGCAUUUUACAGAAGGGAAACCCUGUUCUAAUAGGUGGUACAUAUUUACAGACAAAAAGAAUACACUGACAUGAACUGUUUUUGUCGUAUCUGCAGGGAAGUCUAAAUUCCUGAAUGUAUCCAGUCAUGAAUUUGUGGUGUUUGCUGGCAUCAUUUGCUAGGCCAUGGAAGGCUGCAGCCUAUCUGAAGUUGUCAGACAGUUGAUAAGUUCAAAUAAAGACUAUAGCAAGAGCUAUACAAUGCAAUCCUUGAACUAUGAAAUGGAAAUGCAAAAUAGUAACCCCAACGUGCUGCCAAGUAGUUCAGCAGAGUACUUUUUUCACUUUUCAACUGAAGCUCAGCCCACCAGCAUUACAAGUAUUCUCUUUCCUCUGGAAUUAACAGUGCUGAAAUGCCAAAGUGCUUUGGUGCCAUCAGUACUGCUAUGGUGAAGGCAACAGCUGUGUAAAUGAAAAUCUCAAAGUGCAUUUAAAAGAAGAAGAAGAAAAAACCUCUCACUUCCCCAAAAGUCUGUUUGUAAGAAAUGUUAGCGAAGGAGGCCAAUGUAUAGAGACACCAUCACAACAGAUCUCUUAAUGUGUGUGUUUAAUGAAGAGCAGCUGAAGAAGCUUAUGUUGUGUAAAAAAUAGUUUUGGCAUACAA